UCGAAAAUGCUUUUACUUGCGGACGCGCCAAUUGCUGUUAUCCAGGCUGUUCAUCAGUGUCGCGCAAGUCCUCCCUGCACCUCAGAAACCUUGAUUCCGAUGCUCGUUUUCUCGAGGCAUGCUACAGCUCAGCCAUAUUCCGCCCCAAGACACAUCACAUCCCUGAAGCGCUACAUCUCGCUAGCGACUGGAAGGAGACUGGGAUUGUCCGGCGCGUUGCCAGCUCGAUUACGCAAGAGUGCCCGGAUUGAAAACUCGGUUAGGGCACCAGCCUCCCCUCCUUGAUAUCGUUGCGCUGCCCCACGCCGCUCCUAUGCUCAUAUCAUUCGAAUCAUAGCCAUCUAUUCAUGCGAGAAUGGCAGGACGCUCGGGCUGCGACGCACUGGCUCAUGUCGCGUCAAGUACUAUGGAGGAUGUCGCUGAAAGACCGGUCGGAAUCAAGCUCUAAAUCUGCGGUUGUCUGACCACGACUAUCUGUGAUUAUGGCGAUUGGUAACUCGAGAA